UUUUUUCAUCCUUCAAUGGCCGAUUCUUUGUGUGUUCCAUUGGCCGCCAAGCCUCAUUCUUCUUUGGUUUUACGAAACUCCUUUCCCCCUUCUCGUGUUUUUACUCCCAAGUCCUCCUCUUUGCCUUUGAAAGGGUGCGAGAAGAAGUUUAACGUGUUACCUGUGAGUCAGAACUCGCGCGUUUCACUCUCCCGUCGUGCCGGACCGGUUCGCGCUCUUGACUCCGACGUUCCGCACCCGCUUCACAAGGGAUCAGUGAAUGUUGAGAGUAGGAAGGGCUACGAUGAAUGGGAUUCAUGGACAGCGAAGUUUGCCGGAGCGGCGAAUUUGCCAUUUUUAUUGCUCCAAUUGCCUCAGAUCAUCCUCAACGCCCGCAAUCUUAUGGCAGGGAAUAAGACUGCCCUCCUGGCCGUACCAUGGCUGGGAAUGUUCACCGGUUUGCUUGGAAACCUUUCAUUGCUUUCUUACUUCGCAAAGAAAAGGGAAACGGAGGCAGCUGUGGUGCAAACACUAGGAGUGAUAUCGAUAUUUGUGGUGAUUACUCAGCUUGCCAUGGGAGCAGCUAUGCCUCUACCUCAAUACGUGGCCACGGCUGUUGUUGUGGUUGCUGGACUCAUUUUAAAUUUUUUGAAUUACUAUGGUAUGCUCAACAAGACCAUCUGGAAACUUUGGGAAGACUUUAUGACUGUUGGUGGAUUUUCAGUGCUUCCCCAGAUAAUGUGGUCCACAUUUGUUCCAUACAUACCCAAAAGCAUUAUGCCGGGGACAAUAGCAUUUGUUGUGGCUGUAGCUGCUGUAACUCUGGAACACACUGGAAAACUUUCCGAGAAAGGUGCCAAAUUCGUAGGAUCUAUUUCUGGAUGGACGGCAACACUUCUUUUUAUGUGGAUGCCUAUUUCACAAAUGUGGACAAAUUUCCUGAACCCUGAGAAUAUAAAAGGCUUGUCAGCUUUUUCAAUGGUGCUGGCUGUGCUUGGAAAUGGACUUUUGAUUCCACGUGCACUAUUUAUUCGUGAUUUGAUGUGGUUCACCGGUUCGGUUUGGGCUACAUUCUUUUAUGGAUAUGGGAAUAUUGUGUGCUUUUACUUUUUCAACACCAUCAGCCGGGAAUUCUUCUGGGCCGCGACAGUCGGGUUAAUAGCAUGGAUAGGAAUGACAUUUUGGAAAGAUUCCGCCGUGCAUGGAUAUAACUCGCCAAUAAGAUCUUUGAAAGAGAUGGUUUUUGGAUCAUAAGUUGAAGCCAGAUAUGAAAAUGACAAUGUCAUGAGUUCCGACGACGACACGAAAUACUCCUUGCCAAGAUCCCAAGUAUGCUGCCACAGUCUUCCAACUAAAGAGGUACCUACCGGAUAAUAGUAUGUUCUUUAUCUUAAAAACCAUUGGUUUCAUUUGCAAAGAUAAUUGGAAUAGUCAAUGGUAACUAGUAUUGUAAUAAAUUAGUACCAAGGAUAGAUAAAUCCGCAGUUCAAAUUAUGGGGAACUGCUGUCCAGUCUGUAGAGGUUGGUCAUAAAAUGAUGACAUGUGGUGUAUAAUGCAGAACUUUAGUUGAUAAUAAAGAUCACCCCUAAUAUUGA